AUAUGAGCAGUAGGCUUCAUAAGGGUAAUUCUUAGUGACUUUUUGAUUAAAGUAUUAAGCAAACAUGGGAAGGUUGUGGGGAUGAGAUGCAUAUCAUGGCUGAGGUGGUUGGCAAGGAUCAGUGCUGUUGACACUGGAAAUAAUGAUAGAGGAAAGCUAUUCCUUUGAAAGGAAGAAAAUGGGCUCAACCCUAAUUGAAUUGGGGGGAGGGUCUCAAAUUUGGUAUUCCUUUCUGAGCAGCUGCUGGUAUGUCACAGGCUUGGAAUUGGCAUGGUAAAUCUAAAACCGUCUCAGCAGUGGUGAGCUGACCUCACCCAAGUUCUAAGCCCUACUCUGCCUGAUCCUCCUCUGAGCCUCAGAGCUGAAAUGCUUGUGAGCUCUUUCCUAUUGGCUGAGAAGACCAAUUGAAGUUCCCUUGCCCAUGUUAGGAGGUGUACGCCUCCUAAACCAAAGAUAGAAACAGCUGGCCCUUCCAGGCAGCUAAAAGCCUCCAGUCAAAGAGGUGUUCCCCACUCAGCAGCCAGACUCCUUGAAAUACCCUUUCAGUAAUUCUAUAAACGCUUCUAUGUCUCUACUCUGCCAUAACAAAGGCUGUGGGCAGCACUUUGACCCCAGCACCAAUCUUCCUGAUUCCUGUUGCCAUCACCCUGGGGUCCCAAUCUUCCAUGAUGCCCUUAAGGGUUGGUCCUGCUGCCGAAAGCGAACUGUAGAUUUCUCUGAGUUCUUAAACAUCAAGGGCUGUACUAUGGGACUACACUGUGCUGAGAAGCUUCCUGAGGCCACUCAACCUGAGGGCCCUGCUACAAGCAGUUCACUUCAGGAGCAAAAACCUGUGAAUGCGAUUCCAAAGUCAGCAGAGACCUUGCGCAGGGAGAGGCCCAAGUCAGAGUUGCCUCUAAAGCUGCUGCCACUAAAUAUAUCACAAGCCCUGGAAAUGGCAUUGGAACAGAAGGAACUAGACCAGGAACCUGGGGCAGGACUUGACAGUAGUCUAAUCCGGACUGGUUCCAGCUGCCAGAAUCCAGGAUGUGAUGCUAUUUACCAAGGCCCUGAGAGUGAUGCUACUCCAUGUACCUACCACCCAGGAGCACCUCGAUUCCAUGAGGGGAUGAAAUCUUGGAGCUGUUGUGGGAUCCAGACCCUGGAUUUUGGUGCAUUCCUAGCACAACCAGGAUGCAGAGUUGGUAGACAUGAUUGGGGGAAGCAGUUGCCAGCAUCUUGCCGCCAUGAUUGGCAUCAGACAGAUUCAUUAGUAGUGGUGACUGUAUACGGCCAGGUUCCACUUCCUGCAUUUAACUGGGUGAAGGCCAGUCAAACUGAGCUUCAUAUCCACAUUGUCUUUGAUGGUAACCGUGUGUUCCAAGCACAGAUGAAGCUCUGGGGGGUCAUAGACGUGGAACAGAGCUCUGUCUCCUUGAUGCCAUCUCGGGUUGAAAUCUCCCUGGUCAAGGCUGACCCAGGAUCCUGGGCCCAGCUGGAACACCCUGAUGCACUAGCUGAGAAAGCUAGGGCAGGGGUUGUGUUAGAGAUGGAUGAGGAAGAAUCUGAGGAUUCAGAUGAUCUGAACUGGACAGAGGAGGAGGAAGAGGAGGAAGCAAUGGGGGAAUAGUGACACCAGACAGUUGAGUAUCUAGAUAGGACCUCGUUGACUCCCUUAGACCAGGAUAUGGUUGGCUGUGUGGUGUCACUGAACAUUAAAUAAAUCUUGUAUUCUGCAGUUUCAUAUAGUGUCGUUCUCUCACCUCACAAAGAUCACAUUUAUUGCCUCCAUUUUCUAUGUAUGUUUCAUACAUGUGUGAAAAUAAGCACAUGCAGGGUAGCACCUGUGGCUCAGUGAGUAGGGCGCCGGCCCCACAUACUGAGGGUGGCAGAUUCAAACCCGGCCCCGGCCAAACUGCAACAAAAAAAUAGCUGGGUGUUGUGGCGGGCGCCUGUAGUCCCAGCUACUCGAGAGGCUGAGGCAAGAGAAUCGCAUAAGCCUAGGAGUUGGAGGUUGCUGUGAGCUGUAACACCAUGGCAACUCCACCAAAAGUGAUAAAGUGAAACUCUGCCUCUAAAAAAAACAAACAAACAAAAAAAAGAAUUGGAAGGUUAAUUUGGGCUCUAAUAAAUGGGAAGGUUUCAGGCGGCGCCUAUGGCUCAAAGAAGUAGGGCACCAGCCCCAUAUACCGGAAGUGGUGGGUUCAAACCUGGCCCUGGCCAAAAACUGCAAAAAAAAAAAAAAAGAAGGGGGGAAGGUUUCAUAGAAGUACAUUUUUAUUCUAUACUUUAUUGAAGUACAAUUCACAUACUACACAAUUUACUCAUUUAAAGUGUAAAGUUCGGGUGGCUCCUGUGGCUUAGUCGGUAGGGCGCUGGCCCCAUAUACUGAGGGUGGCGGGUUCAAACCCAGCCCCGGCCAAACUGCAACCAAAAAAAUAGCCGGGCGUUGUGGCGGGCGCCUGUAGUCCCAGCUACUCGGGAGGCUGAGGCAAGAGAAUCGCUUAUGCCCAGGAGUUGGAGGUUGCUGUGAGCUGUGUGAGGCCACGGCACUCUACUGAGGGCCAUAAAGUGAGACUCUGUUUCUACAAAAAGUAAAUAAAUAAAUAAAAAAUAAAGUGUAAAGUUCAUUGUUAUUUUUAAUAUAACCUCACAAAGUUGUACAGCCACAAUCAAUUUAAGGACAUUGUUAUCACUCUAUAAAGAAACCCUGUAGGCAUUAGCAGUCAUUCUCAAUUUCCCCCCAAAUUCAUAGCCUUAGGCAACCGUUAAUCUACUUUCUGCUGUCAUGAAUUUACCUAUUCUCAAUAUUUCACAUAAAUGUAAACAUAGAAUAUGUGGUCUUUUGUGACUGGCUUCUUUUUUUUUCUUGAGACAGAAUCUCACUUUGUCACCCUUGAUAGAGUGCUGUGACAUGACAGUUCACAGCAACGUCAAACUCGUGGGCUCAAGCAAUCCUCUUGCCUCAGCCUCCCAAGUAGCUGGUAUUACAGGCACCCGCCACAAGGCCCGGCUAUUUUUUUGUUGUUGUUGCAGUUGUCAUUGUUGUUUUUAGCUGGCCCGGGCUGGGUUUGAACCCACCAUCCUUGGUAGAUGUAGCCAGUGCCCUGCCUACUGAGCUAUGGGUACUGCCCUAGACACGAGGUCUUCCAUUGGCUCAGGCUGGUCUCAAACUUAUGAGCUCAGGGCAAUCUGCCCGCCUUAGCCUCCCAGAGUGCUAGGAUUACAGAAGGGAGCCUCUGCACCUGGCCUUGACUGGCAUCUUUUACUUAGCAUAAUGUUUUCAGGGUUAAUUCAUGUUGUAGGAUAUAUCAGUACUUUGCUCCUUUUUAUAGCCAAAUAAAUCCAUUGUGUGGUUAUAGCACAUUUUGUUUAUCUAUUCAUUAGUUG